AUGGCUUCCGAUUCCAAAAAGGAUUUUCCUGCUGAUGACAAAGCUGGUACAGCAGAGAAUAAAACCUCCAAAGACGAAACAUCAUCUAAAGAUUCUGCGGCAGGACAAAGAGCUCCUUCUGGACCUGCAGCUGGGUUUCCAAGCAACCCUUUUGAUUUCUCGGGAAUGUCUGGUCUGCUCAAUGAUCCAAGUAUCAAGGAAUUGGCUGAACAGAUAGCAAAAGAUCCAUCAUUCAAUCAGAUGGCUGAGCAGCUUCAGAAAACUUUUCAAGGAGCUCCACAGGAUGGUGUCCCUAACUUUGAUAACCAACAAUAUUUUUCAACCAUGCAACAGGUUAUGCAGAAUCCUAAUUUUAUGACCAUGGCUGAGCGCCUGGGUAAUGCAUUGAUGCAGGAUCCAUCUAUGUCUGCCAUGCUUGAAAGUUUUGCUAGUCCAUCAAAUAAAGACCAGCUUGAAGAAAGAAUGGCACGCAUCAAGGAGGAUCCAUCACUGAAACAUAUUUUGGAGGAGAUAGAAACUGGUGGUCCUGCUGCUAUGAUGAGGUACUGGAAUGAUGAGGAUGUUUUGCGGAAGUUGGGACAAGCCAUGGGUCUUGCAAAUUCUGGAGAUGUAGGUGCCUCUGCCGAAAAUGCUGGGGGAGAUGAGACAGAAGAUUUGGGAAAUGAAGAUGAAUCAAUUGUUCAUCACACUGCUAGUGUUGGUGACGUGGAGGGCUUGAAAACUGCGCUAGCCUCAGGUGGUGACAAGGAUGAAGAAGAUUCAGAGGGAAGAACUGCUUUGCAUUUUGCCUGUGGAUAUGGCGAGGUGAAGUGUGCUCAAGUUCUCCUUGAGGCUGGAGCAAAAGUGGAUGCUUUGGACAAGAAUAAGAACACCGCUCUCCAUUAUGCAGCUGGUUAUGGCAGAAAGGAAUGUGUGGCCCUUCUCCUUGAAAAUGGUGCUGCAGUUACUCUCCAGAAUAUGGACGGGAAAACUCCUAUAGAUGUGGCCAAGCUAAACAAUCAAAAUGAAGUCCUGAAGCUACUUGAGAAAGAUGCCUUUCUGUAG